GAGGCGGCAGCAGAAAGAAAAUCAGUCGAAGGCUGAAUUCGGUUGGGGCCGGAGGUGCAUCCGUGUGGUCGUAGUGACGCGCUCAUCAUGUGUUUGGCCCCGCCAGCCUGAGUCAGUCGGGACACAGUGUCCGAGAGUGUAAUCCAAGUUCAAUGGGCGCCAGGCGCGGCUCGGCACGACGAGCUGCAGAAGUCCGACGGCUCGAUGAAGACGUCGUCCCUCAAUGACGCCGGCGCCAGAGGCAUCGUCCGACCAGCAGGGGUGCUGCCGUCCUCCUGAGGACAAACACACCUCCGACCUGUACACCAGGACCUCCUGGGUCGACGCCGCCCUCGCCCUUUCGCAAAUCGACAAAGGAAAAGCGUCCGGCCGAAGGGCUGUUUUGUGGGUGCGCUCCGUGGUGCAGCAGCAUCUUUUCCAGCUUGGCUGUUUCGUCCAACGCUAUGCGGGAAUAGUGCUCUUCUUUGCCGCCCUUUUGCUGGCCGCCUGCAUUAUCGGCCUCAAAUCGGCCAAAUUCGAGACCAAAGUUGACAAACUCUGGGUUGAAGAAGGCGGUCGUUUGGAGAGGGAGCUGCUCUACACGAAGCAACAACUCGGUGAAGAUGCGUCCACCACGACGCACCAGCUGGUCAUCCAGACGCCUCGCGACCCUGAGGCCUCUGUCCUGCACCCGUCCGCCCUCUUAGCACACCUGGACGUGUUGCGGGCAGCUUCGGCCGUGACCAUCCACAUGUUCGACGUAACCUGGAGGCUAAAGGAUUUUUGCUACGGUCUAAGUUUCCCCUCAUUUGAAAAGCAACACAUUGAUGUAAUUUUUGAGAGCCUUUCUUCCUGUGCCAUUAUCACGCCACUCGACUGCUUUUGGGAAGGGUCCAAGCUGCUUGGACCGUAUCAUCCUGUUACCCUUCCUGGCGGUUCUCAUUGGACGUGGAAAAAUUUGAACCCUCAAGAACUGUUGGAGCAAAUGGAAAAGACCUUUGGAAUCCAAGACCCGUCAUUCCCAUACAGAACACUUGAAGAUUUUAUGAAAAGGGCUGGGAUCACCACUGGUUAUCAGUACAAACCAUGUUUGAACCCCAUGGACCCAGAGUGCCCAGAAACGGCUCCUAACAAGGGCUCUCCAUACCCGCCAAACAUUGGCUCAGAACUGACUGGAGGCUGUUAUGGGUACGCCUCGCGCUUCAUGCAUUCGCCUGAGGAACUGAUUGUCGGCGGCGCCAAGUUUAACACCAGCAGUGGUCACAUGCUGCGCGCCAAGGCUCUCCAGACAGUCAUCCAACUGGUGGGGCCCAAUGACAUGUUCGAGUACUGGCAGCGGUCCUACAAGGUGGACUACAAGUGGACUCCGGCCAAGGCGGCUGCGAUCAUCAACGCAUGGCAGAAGAAGUUCACAGACGUUCUGAACCGACUGGUGCAAGGAGAGGCAGUCCAACUUGGUCCCGAAGAGGAGCACGACUUCAACCCCAACAAAGAACUGAAUCAGUCCCAUAUGGCCAGACUGUCAAACUUCAAAGUCGUCUCUUUUUCGUCAUCGUCCCUCGAUGAAUUGGUGGCCGAGUUUUCCGAACUGAGCAUUCCAAAACUGGCAGCUGGCUACCUCCUUGUGCUUGUUUACGCAGCCUGUGCCCUUAUUCAGCUAGAGGACGUUGUCAAAUCCCAGAGCGCAGUGGGCAUUGCGGGCGUAUUCCUCAUUGGUUUAACUGUCACUGCUGGUCUAGGUGUGUGCGCCAUGCUCGGAAUGCCUUUUAAUGCGACAACCACUCAGAUCCUACCAUUCCUGGCCCUUGGACUUGGCAUGAGUGACCUUUUUCUACUCACACAGGCCUAUGCAGAUCAGGAUCAUAACCAUGGAAAACCAGCAGAGCAAACUGGCCACGUUUUAAAGAAAGCUGGAAUCAACGUCUUGCUCGGAUCCCUGAGCAAAAUCGGCGUCUUCUUUGCAGCUGCCAUCAUCCCUAUCCCAGCUCUGCGCAACAUGCCCCUUCAAGCGGCCAUCCUGAUGCUCUUCCACCUUCUCUCAAUGCUGUUUGUGAUGCCCGCCCUGAUCAGCUUUGAUCUGAUGCGGCGUCGGGCAAUGCGUUCCGACCUGCUUUGCUACCAGGACCCAGUGAGGUCGCAGUCAAACGCCGCAGCCAAACCUGACCUGAUCCGACCCAUUCGGCAGUCAAUCACGCGCGCCCUUCCCCCAGACAGACACAUAGUGACCACUGUGCUGGCACCAGAGGCCACUGUGGGUGCAUGGGAGCGAGCGGACGCACCUCUCAAACCCAGCAGUCUGGAGGACGGCUGGCCAGUGCCUGCAUGUGUCAAAAAGUGCCCAUCGCUGAAGAGGCUGGCGCAGUCCCAGUACGGUCCCACUAUCACCAAUCCAGCAGUCAAGGCAAUUGUCAUGCUGCUGCUGAUUGUGGUGUUGGUGCUUAGUGGAUUUGGCGCCCUCCGACUGAAAGACGGACUUGAGCUCACAGAGCUGGUGCCAGCCGAGACAGACGAGCACAACUUUUUGAGUGUGCAGAGAGACUACUUUGGGUUCUACAGCAUGUAUGCAGUUACCCAGAAUGGUUUUGAAUAUCCCAGUGGACAGAAAUUGUUACACGAGUACCACAAUGCAUUUCUCCAAGUGGAAAAAGUUCUUCGCAACGACGACGGAGGCCUGCCGCCCUUCUGGCUCAGCCUCUUCAGAGACUGGUUGAUCGAUCUGCAGAAUGCCUUUGAGCGCGACUGGCACGAAAACAGAAUCACGACUGAGCGGUGGUUCUCCAACGCCAGUGACCAGGGCAUCUUGGCCUACAAACUGCUUGUGCAGACUGGACGAGUCGAGCACCCCAUUGACAAGUCACUGCUGACAAGAGCAAAAUUAGUUGACAACGCGGGAAUUAUCAAUCCCAGAGCAUUUUACAACUACCUCAGUGCAUGGACGGCCAAUGAUGCGCUCUCUUACAGUGCCAGUCAGGCCAACCUGAGGCCAGAACCAAAAAUGUGGUACCACGAAGCAUCCGAUUAUGAGCUGAAAAUUCCCAAGUCCCAGCCCAUCGCCUAUGCCCAAAUGCCCUUUUAUCUGCAUGACCUUCACGACACGGCGGCCAUGAAGGACAUGAUCAAGCAGGUGCGCAAGCUGUGCGCCAAGUUUGAGGAUAAGGGCCUCCCCAACUACCCCAUCGGCAUCCCCUUCAUGUUCUGGGAACAGUACUUAGGCUUACGGCAGAGUCUGGCUGUGGCGCUGGUCGUCGCGUUGGCUGCAGUGAGCAUCACCAUCCUAGCCCUGCUGCUCAACCCGUGGAUGGUGCUGUUGGUGGCCAUCACUUUGGCAAGCUGUGCCUUGCAGGUGUUGGGGAUGCUUGGCGCCUUUGGCAUCCCUCUCAGCGCAGUCACAGGAGUGAUCACGGUGCUUGGCGUUGGCAUUGCUGCCCAGCCUUGCCUUCACAUUAGUCUUAGUUUUCUUACCGCCAUUGGCAAUAGAAACAGGAGAGUUAGACUCUCAUUAGAACACAUGAUGGCUCCCGUGAUACACGGCGCUGCUACUGCCCUGCUGAGUGUUGUGAUGCUUGCCUUUUCCCGCUUUGAUUUUAUAGUCAAGUACUUUUUCCUGUCAUUAUUAGGAGUGCAAGUCGUGUCAUUAGUUAAUGGUCUGCUGUUCUUCCCAGUUUUGUUAUCAAUAUUUGGCCCUAUGGCUAUGGUGGUGCCCCAUGAGUUUGAGGAUCGAAUAUCAACUCCAACUCCCUCACCGCCAAGAAAGCGCCGCACAUCACAACCAUCCUCCACGCGCAACCCCCGUCGACCAAUUGUGGUUGGUCAGCAGUCUUCGUCCCAGAAUUGCGCCCAUCAUUGCCGAGAGCCGUCACUGUCGACCAUAAGUGAAGAGCCCAAUUCGUAUCAAUCCAACACUCACGAAGUGGUGGUCAAGCCUGAGUUGGUUGUGCAGACCAUGACGCACCACUACCACCACAACCACCCUCCGCCUGCUCACGGCGUUGCAAGUUGCCCAGAGGGUUGUCCUGCAGCGGCUCCCAAGGUGGCGCCCCAAGGGUGUUCCAAAGGCUGUCCGUCGGCAGCCAAUACCAGUGUUCCUCCCCCUCAGACAGGUCACAUGACCACCACCAGAGUGACAGCGACUGCGAAAUUCAAGGUGGAAGUGCACACACCAGCUUUGGCAGCCGCUGGGCCGAUCAACACCUCUGCCUCCACGUCGUCGUCAACUUCGUCGUCCAUGACCUCAACCUCGGACGAAUCUGGGGAUAGUGGUGGAAGACUGUCGUAGUUUAGAAUUGAAGGAAGUCAACAAAAUUCAGCCUGAUUUGGACUUUUAAAAACCGCUUUAGUAAUGCAUAUAGGGCGUGAAUGCUAGUUGAUUGCCUUUGUACUUAAAAAGCAGCCUCCACUGUACCUGCCUUAAGAAAUGUACUUUUUUGCAAAUCUGGACACAACCUUGCAGUAUUUUGUACAGUAGCCCUUAUGAGACUGAACCACAAUACUCAACUACUACUACUAUACGAUUAGCAUUUAUACCUUUUUACGAUUAAUUAAUUUAUUACUUGAGCAGAUGAUUAUUUUUUAUAAUGGUCAUACCACCUCCAAAUUCACAGCUCAGCAGCUUUUUACGUUCAGGUCUUUUAUUUAUUUGGACUGAGAGAGCCAGUCUCUGUAUGUUUUUAUGUAAAUUUGAACUGUACAGACCCUAGUUUUGGGUAACUUCAUAAUUUAUAUACACACAAUGUGCUGAGUGACGGAGACACUCAAACCUACCUCAAUAUAAGGCAGCCUGUAUAGUCGCGCCUGUUGCUAACUAAAAGAAAAUAAUAAAUAAAACAUGAAACAUUUCCUCCCA